AUGGAUGGUAGUAAGAGGCAUAAAGUCGGAAAAGAGGCAGAAGCCAUCAGUGGGACAUCUGAUAGCACCGAAUGCAACUCCUGCUCAGAAUCCGCCUCCGAGAUGUCCUCGUCUGACGGGGUUGCUUAUGAGGUGGUCGAUCUUUCCCUGUCUAACCGCUUGGACGUCUCAAUCAUUGUGGAUCAGUCUAGGAUACUUCCCUCUUCUGAAGAGCUUCUUUCUGUGUUUGUUAAUUCCAAAGUUCUGGUAAGCGGAGAUGUUGUUCUCUCCUUCUGCGGGUUUCUUCAACUUUCCAGAAUACUGAGCAUGGCCCAGAAGAAGCUUAAGAAGGCCUUCAACUCUCUGAUUGCAGCUGGGGCUCUUGAUGGAAUCAACAGGGAUGAUAUCUACAUUUUUUACACCGAGAGAGCUGUCAACAUUCCUCUCGAAAUGAUCCUAGAUCAAUAUAGAUCCCUUUCGUUUGCAAACCUCAGGCACAUCAUAUUUAUCUCUAGAAUCAAGGCAUGCAUGGGAAUGGAAAUGAAGGAUCUUGUAGAGGACUUCAAAGAGUACAGCCCACUGGACUUGAACCAUAGGCCCGUGCGUGGAGAAGAGAUUCUAUUGCUUUCGUCGUAUAUGGCCAAGAAGCAGGUUGUGGUGAACAGCAACACAUUUAGACUGUUUUUACUGGAUAGUCAAAUGUUUGCAUCAUUUAUAAGUCUGUUUGAAAAAGAGCUCUCUGAAAUUACAUAG